AUGGAGCUCUUUUUGAAAAUUACCACAACGCUUCUUCUCCUGGUCCUCCCUCUUCACCUCGUGCACGUCCAGGAGGUUCCAGGCACCACAGAAUCUCCAAGACGGACCAUCAAUAAGGACUGGUUACGGAAACUCCCUACCAAACAAACAGUGGUCACUGACUGGUCCUCAAGCGGAGACCAAGCAAUGGAAGAAAGUGGUCAAGAAUCAGGAACUGCUUCUGGAUCUAUGGUCAUCGAAGAGGAUAACAACAAUACUUCGGAAAACACAACCCAAACCAUUCCAAGCGAGACUACAUUGUCACCGGAGAGUGAAGAAGAAAACAGUACCACAACUUUUCCAAACGUCAACCUCACAGAGGAAGAGGAGAAUGUCACGGACAGCCAGGAAAACCCACAGAACUCCACAAUGAAUACUACAGAUGCCACAGAUGCUACAGAUGCUACAGAUGCCACAGAUGCUACAGAUGCUACAGAUGCUACAGAUGCCACAGAUGCCACGGAUGCCACAGAUACAACAAUCCCACCAUCCACCACUUUGGCCCCAGAGACGAUUAGCACCACGGCUGGAUCUGGAAGCGGAUCGGACGAUAAAACUGAGAAUACCAUGACGACAGCCAUUCCGGGGGUGGUACAGGAGUCGACCACACAAGGAGAAGGGACUGUCUCUCAGGAACCAACCACCGCUGCUGCGCCGGGAACCAGACCACCUUCAAAAUCUUCUACAACUGUUUUGGAGGUUACAACGUUUGCUCCUAUCACACCGGACCGUGCCAAUUUAUCAGACAAGGGCGCAAUAGCAGAAAGUGGAACUGAAGAUAGAGCCGCAAGCGAAGGGCCGCCUCGCCACCUCCUCCGCCGUGGGACAAAGCAGGCCUUUCUUCAGUCGAGUGGAGCAGAGAACAGAGAGAGUCCCACGACAGGGUUUGUGUCCGAGGCGGAGAGGCAGCGACGGAAGGGAGCGUGGGGCGCCGUGUUGGGGACGUUCGUGGCCGUGGCCGUGGUGGGACUCGUGGCCUACGUCAUCCUGAAGAAGAAGCACCACAAGGCUUUCUCUCACCGCAAACUGGAGGAGGACUUCCCCUCGGACCCAGUUCUGCGCCUGGACAACAGUGAGCCUUUGGACCUAAACUUUGGCAGAGCGGCCUACUACAACCCCGGACUCCAGGGGGACAACAUCCAGAUGAGCCCCUUCCCCAAACACUGA